AUGUUGGAUGUCGGUGAGUUGGGACCGCUCUCCGGAGGGGACCCCUGGCUGCUUGAAGAGCCCCGUGGCAACCAAUGCGCCGCUGCCAGCGCCAACACUGUGACUUACGACGACCGCUCACCGGAAUUGCCGGAACCACAGCUGCCGUGCUCGUCCGCCAGCAGCGACAGGACCGCGGACGCCAACACCAAGCCACCGUAUUCGUACGUCGCACUCAUUGACAUGACGCUCAAGGAGGCCCCUGGAGGCCGCAUGACCCUAAGCGACAUCUACAAGGCCAUCAUGGCCCGCUUUCCCUACUUCAAAACCGAUCAACGCGGCUGGAAGAAUUCCAUCCGGCAUAAUCUGAGCUUGAAUGAAUGCUUCGUCAAGGUACCGCGCGAGGACGCAUCCGACGGCAAGGGCAACUUCUGGUGCCUGCAUCCGGCCUACCAGGACAUGUUCAAGGACGGCAACUACCACCGCAGACGCCGCAUGAGCAGGAAGCCCCGCGACUAUGACCCACCGAACUUCGCACCUGCGAAUGCGUCGCCGAUGGCGGUCGUGCCUGCGCAGUCGGACGUCUACCUGGGUCACUACCAGAGGAGGACGAGCUGGGUUGCUCACCCGCCGCCCUUCUACCAGCCCCAAGUGCUCCUGGAGCCGCAGCUGUCGCGGGCGGCCCUCCCUCAAGGAAUGGUCGAGCGUCACGAUCAGGGACGAUAUCGCCAAUUUGAAGCUGCUCAGCCACACGGAAAUGUUGGCCGUUACCGGCCUUACUAAGACAGAUCUAGGACUGCAGCACGGACUGAAAUGACACAAAGUGGCCGUUAUUAGUCGUUACCGGCCUUACUAAGACAGAUCUAUGACUGCAGCACGGACUGAAAUGACACAAAGUGGCCGUUAUUAAACUGCUAGAAGAUAUGCUC